UUUCGCUUUAUUAAAAAAUUAUUUGAAAAUACGUUAGAACCGUAAUAUCUCGUGCUUUUUAAUAAAAUAUUUAUAAAAUGGAUGACGGUCUUGCUGAACUGCGAGCUAAGAGGAUGCAAGAGUUGCAAGGACAAUAUGGUGGCAGAGAUAUGGAACAACAGAAACAGAAGCAAGCACAACAAGAAAGACAGCAAGAGAUGGUGAACAGUAUUCUGUCUCAGAUUCUCGAUCAAAACGCAAGAGCUCGAUUGAACAACCUUGCACUUGUAAAACCUGAGAAGUCGAAGAAAGUUGAGCAAAUGUUGGUGCAGAUGGCACAGCGUGGACAGAUUGUUGAGCAAAUGAAUGAACAACAAUUGACGGAACUUCUCGGGAAAAUCAGUGAAACUUCCCAGAAAACAACAGUAAAGUUCGAAAGAAGAAGAGUAAUGGAUUCUGAUUCUGAUUGAUUUUAUAUUAUUUCUAUCUUCAUUUGCAUGUUAGUGUGGAGUUCUCGCCAUAGAUAUCAUAUAUAUCUACGAUGCUGCUGUGUGUUGUUACAUGCAAGCUGUCCGAGCGACAACCAACUUUAUUGCUUAACUGAAUAAAUAACGUUGUGAGUUCCAGG